UCAUGGCCCGCUGCACACCUCGCUAAUCUGGCACGGUAUAAUGUCACGCUGAAUUACACUGGAGCUUCGCUAGCUGUGAGAGGGCAGUCCGGUGGCUCACCAGCCAUACCUUUGAUAUAUGAUGUCGAGUAUCUCUGUCCAGUGACGGCAGGCGGGCAAACUCUGUACCUUGAUUUUGAUACGGGCUCCGCAGAACUUCUGACUUUAAAGCUACUUCCUGGAUUCACAUGGGACAUCACCCACGCUGAUGGCAGUGGAGCCGGUGGAAAUUUAUACUAUGAUGCUGUUGCAGUUGGCUCCCUCGUUGGGUUAAGCCAGGCGAUUGAGCCCGCUAUCUAUGUUUCAUCAUCAUUUGCGUCAAACCCAUUUUCAAGUGGUCUUCUUGGCCUUGCAUUUAGUACUAUCAACACUGCCAAUUCAGUCGAACCUAUUAAACAGCAGACUUUCUUUGAAACUGUGUUGCCAACUCUGAAUAUGCCCCUUUUCACCGCUAAUCUCAAACAUGGAAAGCCUUGCAACUAA